AUGGACAUGGACGCGAGCCAAACCUGGCCGCCCCCAACCCCCUCGCCGCCGCCCUUCUCCUCCCGGCCCCACGCGUCGCCGUCCCCGCACCGCCGGCGCCGCCGGCACUCCAAGAAGCACAAGCCCCCGCCCGCGCCCGCGCCGACGCCGCAGGGUGCGGACUUCUCCGCGCUCCCGCCGGAGCUCGUCCACCGGGCCCUCGCGGCCGCGUGCGCCUCCGACGUCGCGGCGGCCAGCCGAGCGUGCCGCGCGUGGCGGGACGCGCUGCGGCCGCUCCGCGAGGCCGCGGCGCUGCACGCGUACGGCCGACGCGUCAAGCACGGCCUCGUGGCGGGAUCCGCUGCCUCACGCGGGGCCGGAGGGGAACGUCUCGAGACGGAGAGGCAGCGCGCGCUGGGGCUGUUCCGGCGGGCCGCGAGGCUGGGCUCCGCGGCGGCGAUGGUGGACGCGGGGCUCAUGUGCUGGGAGGAUGGGCGGCGGGAGGAGGCCGUCGGUUACUACCGGAGCGCGGCGGACCUGGGGCAUCCAGUUGGGAUGUGCAACCUUGGAGUCUCCUACCUCGAAGCUGAUCCACCCAAGGCCGAGGAAGCCAUUAGAUGGUUUUAUCCAUCAGCAUCUGCAGGCAAUGCUCGUGCUCAAUACAACCUAGGCCUUUGCUUGCAGAAUGGGAAGGGUGUCAAGCGGAAUCAGAAGGAAGCUGCAAAAUGGUAUUUGCGAGCUGCAGAGGGAGGGAAUGUACGAGCCAUGUAUAACAUUUCCUUGUGUUACAGCUAUGGUGAAGGGCUUUCACAGGAUCCAGCAGGAGACAAGGUCAAGUCUCUCAUGUAUCUGGAGUUGGCAACACGGCGUGGAGAAACUGCUGCUGCCCACAUGAGAGAUGUAAUAUUUGAAUCGCUCUCAGUUGUGAAUGCACAGCGUGCCAUGUCGGAUGCUGAUAAAUGGAAGCCUAGGACACUCCAUCCUAGAAGAAGGAGCAAAGCCAAAUGGAAAAGGCGUAACGACAAGAACAAGGAACAAAGCAAGAGCCAUCCGUGGAUAGAAACUCUGCUUAGUAGAGAAAAGGGGCAAUUCUUCAGCUCUGUUGGGAAGCAGUACAACUUGCAGAGCCACACGCCCACACUAGUCCCCGAUCUGACUCUCACAAGUUCACACAGCUCCCGGCUCCAUCUUGGUGCCAGUGCUCAGUGCUGUGCAGUGCAGCAGAGCAAGAUGGGGGGAGGAGAUCGGCCAUCUGCGUCGCUCCUGCUCUUCUCGCUGGGGCUUGUGCUCCUCUACUUCACCUCAGGCAGCACCGUUGGUCUCGUGGAGGGACAGAAAACCUGGUGCAUCGCCAAGCCGUCGGCGUCGAACGAGAUCCUGGCGCAGAACCUGGUCUACGCGUGCUCCCAGGUGAGCUGCGCCGUGAUCCAGAAAGGCGGGCCGUGCUACUACCCGGACAGCCUCGUGUCCCGCGCCGCCGUCGCCAUGAACCUCUACUACGCCUACAGCGGCAGGCACCCCUGGAACUGCUACUUCAACAACUCCGCGCUCGUCGUGCAGUCCGAUCCAAGUACCACACCCUCAAUCCCAUUGCUGCCCCCAGUCUUCUCUCCGCUCUCAAAUCCUACAUUCAUUCAUGUGCCAUCUGAUCGAAUGUCGCUCGCUCGUUUUGCAGGUUAUGGUUCGUGCACGUACUACUGA